AUGUGCUAUGAAAAGUUUAAACCCAACGGUUACGGAGGAGUUUUCCUUCUCAACACACCUGCUCUGUAUGUAUGUAGGCCCAGUCUGAUUGAAAAGGUAUUGGUCGAAGACUUCCCUUAUUUCCAUGACCGACUCUCUAAGGAAGAUGGUCGAUACCCUUUGGUAAACACACUCUCUUACUGCACUGGUGAAGAAUGGAAGACUUUGCGAUCUAGAGUUGCGCCUGCUUUCUCUUCAGGUAAGGUCAGUGGAAUGUUUAACCAAAUACUUUCCAGUACUGAUCGUGUUCUUCAAAAAAUAAGUCUACUUAAUGAAUUUAGAGAACGAAUUGAAGUUGAAAACAUGGCUACAACAUACACAACCGAGGUCCUUGCUAGUUGCUUGUUUGGUGUGGAGGUAACAAAUGUUGACCAAUACCACCAAUUGGAAGAAUCAUUAAAUGCUUUGUUCAACCCAUCUUUGGUUCGGUAUAUUAUAAUGGUGAUGGGCUUGGUGAACCAGAAACUCUACAAUCUGCUAAAGCUUGAAAGAAUACCUAAGAAAGCCAUGGAAACAUUCACAAAUAUGAUCAGGGACAUAAUACAUUUACGGAAAAAAGAGAUGACAACUAGGGACGAUGUUCUUCAAACCAUGCUAAAUUUGAAUUCCGAAGAAAUUAACUAUACAGGGGAAAUAAAUACUGAUUCUUCUAAUGAAUCAAUUUCAUUACUCAUGUUUAACUUCAUGACAGCAGGAAUUAAACCAACAGCAGUCACUAUAACAUUUGCACUUUACGAAAUAGCCAAAUACAACACGAUCCAAGACACGAUACUAAAAGAGAUAACGGAAGCGAUCAGUAAGCACGGAGGAUGGUCUUACGAAGCUCUAAAGGAAAUGACUUACUUGGACCUUGUUAUUCAAGAAACACUGCGUCUUCACAGCUUCAACCCCGCACUUAUCAGAUCUGUCACCAAGCCCUACACACUACCCGGUACCUCGCUCACAUUAGAGAAGGAUAUGAUGGUGUGUAUCCCUGUGGAUGGGCUUCACGCAGACCCUGAAUUCUACCCUUCCCCAGAAGAGUUCAGACCUGAAAGAUGGACAGGGAAUGACUACAAAGAGUCCAGUAUAUUUCUGCCGUUUGGUGGCGGACCUCGUGCUUGCGUCAGCAUAGACCUGGCGGUGCUGACCAUCAAGCUGUGUUUGGCGAGAGUUUUAGUGGAACACCGCGUCGGCUUGGAUCGGAGGAUGAGUGUUCCACUGGAUAUGGACAAGAGGGUGUUCUACCCCAAAGUGAAGAAAGGAAUGUGGAUCAUAUUUAGCAAGAGAGACGGUUACAAUUAUUGCAACGCUUAAUUAAGAUUAUGAUUUUGUUGAGAGGGAAAAGACCCAAAUAUCAAACCAGUAUUUUGACUAAACAUUGUACUGCAACGAUUUUCUUUAUACUAAUUGCUGAAACAUUUGCACGAAGUUUUUGGAUAUAAAUCUUACUCCAACCUCCCAUAAUCGACAUCUCUUACAUAACAAGAUUAACACUAAC